AUGGAAAAUUUUGAAGUUUAUAACAAAAAACACCGGCAGGAACUAUUAGACCGAAUUAAGGAGUUAGAGGGGGAAAAUAAAAGAUUAAAAGAACAAAACCAAAAACUAAUUCCUGAGUUAGCCAAUAAAAUAGAAAAUUAUGAAAAAGAAAUUACAGAACUAAAAGAACAAAUGACCCAACUAACCAAUCAGCAGUUAGCCCAAACUGAAUUCACUAAUUCUGCAAAAUUAGUAAAAAAUACAAAAAUAAAAUAUUUAAAAUCAUAUGAUGUUGGUCUUGAAGUUAGUGAUGCCGACUUCGCUGAUUAUCUUGAGGAACAGGACUAUAGUACGGAAGAUUGUUUGAAUUACGAGAAUAUUGAAAAUUUAAGAAAACAAUAUACUGCUAGUAUUGCAGAGAAUUGUCAAAAUGAGAAUUCGGGUUAUGGUAGGGAAGAAGCAAGUUAUAUUGAAAAUGAAAAAAAAGAGGAUCAAAAAAAUUUCGGUAAGAAAAGAAGCGAAAUCACUGAUUUAGAUAUCAGCGUCUACGUACUACGCAACGAUAAAUUACUAAAAAAGAAUGAAUACUUAGAAGGAGAAUUAGACCUAACAGGAUUUGAGAAUUUGCUGAAACUAGAUUGUCAAGGAAAUCAUUUAACCGAUCUAUAUUUGAAUAACAGUGAAAUGUUACAAUUCCUUGAUUUCUCAACAAACAAAUUAUUAGAAGUUGACUUAAGCGGAAACAGAUACUUAGAAAAACUUUAUUGUUCUAACAAUCGUUUGAAAAAUUUGGACUUAAGAAAUUGUGAAAACCUUAGAGUGCUAGAUGUAAGUAAUAAUGAAAAAUGGAAUGAAUACAGGUACGAAGAUUUCAAUGAAUUAACGGACAUGAGUUUUCUAAGCCAAUUGCCUAAUCCUAAAAAAUUGAGAGAUUUAGUAAUAUGUUCGAAUGGUAUCCGCAGUAAUUUGACUCCUUUCUCUCGUUUCACUAGUUUAGAUGGACUGUAUUUAGGAACCACUAAAUGUUCUAAGGAAAUGACAGAAAAAAGAGGAAAUAGAUUUUAUGGUUCUCUCGAACCUUUAAAGGGACUGGCCAGACUAAAAAAAUUGGAUAUCUCUAAUACUGAUGUAGAUAGCGGAAUAGAAUUUUUACCAUAUAGUCUAAAAGAACUCCUCUACUCCAAUAGGCAAAGAUCCGAUGCGAAAGUAGACAAGGUAAGGAAACUAUUAGAAAAAUCUGAUUCUUUUGUUUUCAGUGGAGGGAGAAUAAGAAGAAAGUAUAAAACGUCUCAAGAAUCAAUAGAAAAAAUUGAUUUCUCAGAGUUGAGUAGUAUUAAUGAAAAGGGAGAACUAAUUAUCGACAAUUAUCCUAAUUUAAAAGAAAUAAGCAAUAAAUAUUCUGCUAAAAUAGUUAAGUUAGUUAUCAGUAACUGUCCGCAGUUAGGAAAGGUUGAAAUUGGUGAGUUAGGAAGUGUUAAAGAAUUAAUUUGUGAAAAUCUUCCUAACUUGGAUUGGUUGAAAUGCAAUAAUUUAUCAGAAUGCUUCAAUCUUGAUUUACUUAAUUGUUGCGAUAAUCUUCUUACGGAAAUAAAAUUGUCUUCUGAAGGAGGAAAAAUGGAGCGUUUGUAUAUUAAAAAUAACAAUUUUCCAGAACAAGAUUUGUCAAUUUUUAGUCAUCUGGUUAAUCUAAAACAAUUAUUGAUUGGAAAUGAUGAUAGCGAAAAAUUAGACCGAGGCAGAAGAAGUAUUUAUAAUCGUUUUUGCGGCUCUUUAGAGCCUUUAUAUGGUUUAACUAAACUAGAAGGACUUGAUAUAAGCAAUACCGAUGUAAGUGAUGGAUUACAAUAUUUAUCAAAAAACUUGAAAGAGUUAGAAUGUUCCAAUCAUUUAAGACCUAAGGCAAAAGUUAAAAGACUUGAUGAAGAAUUAUCCCUUUAUGGGUGA